GAACAUGUAUAUCGAUUAUGGUUAUUAAACUUAUAAUCGGGAGCAUCUCCGUGAAUGUUAGGAGCACGCACUGCCCAGGUUGCAGCCACCGUGUAGAUUGCUGAAAAUUGUAGAAUUUGCAGAAAUGGUUUUUUCUGGGUAUGGAUGAUCUUCCUGUUGAAGUUAUUGGUAACAUAUUGUCCCAACUUGGGGCUGCUAGAGAUGUGGUGGUGGCAUCUGCUACUUGUCGAAAAUGGCGAGAGGCUUGGAGGAAUCACCUCCAUUCGUUGUCGUUCGACUCGAAUGAUUGGCCUUUUUAUAAUGAUGUCCUACCUCGUAGACUGGAAAUUGUCAUCACUCAGACUAUCUUCCAAACAAGGGGACUUCGACGCCUGUCAAUCCUUAUGGAUGAUGUCGAUGAGUUCUCAGCUGCACCUGUGAUUGCCUGGCUGUUGUUCACCCGAGACAGUCUCUCUGAACUAUGCUAUAACGUGAGGACAAUCCCGAAUGUGAACAUUCUGGAGAAGUGUGGACGACAUAAGCUAGAGAUUCUUGCAUUAUCUCAUAAUUCUAUCGUUGGUGUUGAGCCUAGUUACCAGCGAUUCCCUUGCUUGAGAUCGUUGUCACUGAGCUUUAUUAGCAUCUCAGCGUGGGACUUAAGUUCGCUCCUUAAUGUUUGUCCUAAGCUUGAGGUGUUAAAGCUCAUUAAUCCAGACAUUGCCAUAUCUGAUGCUCAUACAACACUGGAGCUUAGUAGUGCUUCCUUGAAAGAUGUCUACAUCGAUGCUAUUAGCACAGACAAGGUUAUAUUGGAGGCUGAUCAUAUUGAAAAGCUUUACUUGAAGGAUUGCACUUUUGAUCAGUUUGAUCUUGUCGCGAAAGGAGGAUUAAGGAAGCUUAAGAUUGAUGAUGUUAGUGUUUUGCAUCUUGAUAUAGGUGAGAACACUGAAAAUCUUGAGGUUGUUGAUAUAAGCAACUUCACUAUUGCUUGGCCAAAGUUCUAUCAUAUGAUCUCAAGGUCACCAAGAUUGAGAAAGCUUAGACUCUGGGGGGUUGUAUUUGACGAUGAAGAUGAAGAAGUGGAUUUCGAGACUCUUGCUCUUUGCUUCCCUCGAUUGAGCCAUCUCUCUUUGAGUUAUGAUUUAAUAGAGUGUGUGCUUCACUAUGGUUUGCAGGGAUCAUCUUGUUUUGAGAAUGUGGUAGUGCUGGAAUUAGGGUGGACGAUAAUGUGUGAUUUCUUUAUUGACUGGCUGUCUGGAUUUCUAGAAAGAUGCCCUCUCCUCAAGAAGAUGAUAAUUUACGGGCUCGUGUCAGGGGCCAAAACACAUGAUGAGUGCAAGGCUCUUGCUCGCUUCACCUCGUCCAUUGUUCAGCUCAUGAGAAUUCAUUCACAUGUGGAGGUAUCGUUUGAAUUUGAAUGAGGUUUCUCUUUCUGCAUUUUAGUUAAGUUUUGAGGAGCGUAGUUGUGUCGCUGAUGAUCCUGGAAUUAUGGUUUCUUGUGUCCCCUCCUCAAUUACUGAGAUAGAACUGCUGUAACCUUGGUAAAAAAAGAAAAGAAUAUGAGCAUAUCCACACAUCGUUGGAUAUAUCUUGGUCAUCAUUUGUCGUUCGGAAUACACAUAUGGCCUUAUGGGUUAAAGAUGUGCAUGUAGCUGUUAUUCUGUGUUGCAGUGAAACAAUAAUGUUCUUAGAUCUUGAUCAUGGCUUGCGGUUGGCGAUACAGUGACGAACAAGAUGACCAUUUUGUACUUCAUGAGGAGGUCUUUGGACUUUCUCGUAACCAGAUUUGUUUCAACUUUUACUUACGUUUACAGCCAUGUAUUAGGGAACUAAUCACUGAAAGAUUGAUCAGCAAGUACAUCUAUACACCCUUAUCUUGUUAAGCAUAUGUGCCUCAAUACUUGCAUUUUUAGUUUAUUAUUGUACAAGGCAAUGUAAUGCUCUUGACAUGCUGGUUAGAGCGAUAUCUUGGAGUGUUUGGUUGAGACGAAAAUAAAGAAAAGAGGUUUUCCUA